AUGGAUCCUACUCAUCCUCCAGGGUUUACCCCAGUACAUGGGCAAACGUCAGUUCCACUACCUGGCGUCAUGGAGGGUUCAAUGCCAAGUAUACCCCCGUUCAUCCCUAAUAUACCAGUCCAGGGGUUUCCAGUAGUGGGGACUCCCCCAUUAGUAGCUUCUGAUUUGGGGGUGAACAGAUCUGAAACUGAACGUCGAUACGAUGUACUAGAGGAACGUCUGAGAGCUAUUGAAGGAUCCAAUACAUUCGAUUCUGUAGAUCCCAAUGAUUUGUGCCUCGUGCCAAAGGUCACCCUGCCACCAAAAUUCAAAGUACCAGAUUUUGAAAAAUUUAAUGGAACUAAUUGUCCUCGAACUCACCUGCGCCUGUAUUGCCAAAAAAUGGCUGCCCAUUCUGAUAAUGAGAGACUAAUGAUGCAUUGCUUUCAAGACAGCUUGACAGGGGCGGCUAUCAGGUGGUAUAUUCAACAAGAUCGGACUCGGAUCCGCACAUGGAAAGAUCUGGCUAAUUCUUUUAUAGCUCAAUACCGCCAUGUUAUAGAAAUGGCACCCGAUCGUAUGACCUUGCAGAGUAUGCAAAUGAAGCCCACCGAAACAUUUAGAGAAUAUGCAUAUAGGUGGAGGGACAUGUCUGUCCAGGUCAAUCCUCCGGUGGAAGAUAGGGAGGCUAUUUCCCUAUUUGUGAAUACCACUGUUCAUACGGGAGGUAGACCCCAAGUUGUUCCUUCCGGGGCCAUGCCCGCCCAACCGAAUAUGCGAACUCAUGAUAGAGGCAUCCAGAGAAAUAUGAGAAGGAUAGAUCCUAUUCCAAUGACAUACUCAGAAUUAUUCCCACAAUUGAUGGAGAGGAACUUAGUUUCAGUCAUUCCUGGAACGGUCGUUACGGCACCUUUUCCACAAUGGUAUGACCCCGAAGCCAAGUGUCGGAUAGGGCAAGAGGCUGUUUGCCCCACUAAUGCACUUUGUUUAUGUCAGAGUAAAGAUGGAAGAUCUGUGAAAAAGUGUGUAACUUUUAGAAUGUUUUUGCAAAAGAUGGUGGAUAACAAGUUUAUAGAGAUUGGUUGUACCCGCAAAAGUGGAGAGAUUGCAGUCAUUGGGGAAAACGGGCCGGUAUAUCAUCAGUGCACUAAUCAACCAUUCAUACCUACCAUGAACAAGGCUCUUCCCACACAAGAAGCGCCAGCUCGCUUGGUGAUCUCUACUCCCAGGCCAUUCCCAUACAAGAGUAACCAAGCAGUACCCUGGAAAUAUGAAUGUGAAGCGUAUGUCGAAGGAAGCACCAGCAAUAUAGCAGGGGUGAAAGGGAUAACUCGAAGUGGUAGGGUGUAUAUGCCAGAUUCUUCUAAAACAAAUCGACAGAAUGUAGGGGAACCAGACAGGGCAGUGAAAAGUCCAAUAUCUAAUGGAGAGGCCGAAGAAUUCCUGAAGAUAAUAAAGCAUAGCGAGUACAACAUCGUGGACCAACUAAAGAAAAUGCCGGCUCACAUAUCUGUUUUGUCGCUUCUACUAAAUUCAGAAACCCAUCGGGAGGCGUUACUUAAAGUCCUGAAUCAAGCCUACAUUCCCCAAGAUAUCAGCGUUGAUAAAUUCAAUCAUGUGAUCGGAAGUCUAGCAGCCUCCAAUUACAUCACUUUUACUGAUGAAGAAAUUCCGCCAGAAGGCCAGGGGCACAACAAGGCGUUGCAUAUAUCCACCAAAUGUAAGGAUCAUAUGAUGUCUCGAGUCCUGAUAGAUAAUGGAUCAUCCCUCAAUGUUAUGCCAAUGACUACACUGCAAAGGUUACCCAUUGACCCUUCUUAUGUGACACCAAACAAUUUGGUGGUGCGUGCCUUCGAUGGGACACGAAGAGAGUCAGUAGGGUCGCUUGACAUCCCUAUUCAGAUUGGACCCGUAACCUUCAAUAUCACUUUUCAAGUCAUGGAUAUUACGCCUUCAUACAGUUGUCUCUUGGGAAGGCCUUGGAUACAUAAUACUGGGGCAGUUCCCUCCUCUUUGCAUCAGCGAGUGAAAUUUAUAGUAGGGGAUAAACUGGUAUGUGUUUAUGGAGAAACCGAUAUAAUGGUUACUAAACCUUCUUCCACUCCCUAUGUGGAAGCAGCUGAAGAAGCCCAUGAAGAUUCAUUCCGAGCAUUUGAGAUCAUCAACGUCAUUACUAUAAUGGAGGGAUCUUUUAUCCCUCAACCUCGGAUCUCUUCUUCCACGCGCAUGGUGGCCGCUGAAAUGAUUAAAUCAAGGUUUUGCCCGGGAAAAGGGUUGGGGAAGUAUCUUCAGGGCAUCGCAAUGCCAUUGUUACCAGAAGGCAUGAAUGAGAGAUACGGCAUCGGAUAUACUCCUACUUUAGCUGACCAUAAGAAGAAGGCAGAAGAGAAAAGAAUAAUCCGAAUCGAGAGGCGCACAGGAAGAGUAAGUACCAAGUGGGGGGUAGAAGUCCCGCCAAUGAAUCAGACCUUUCGAAAGGGCAAUCAAGUCACUCUUGAGGAAGAAAUGAAACAGAUGAGCAUAUUGGCCUUAGAAUCAGGGGACCACAUGAAUGACUCGAGUAGAUGGAUCUACCCAUUGACAGGAGCAGAAAUUCAGAACUGGACAUCUUUUGAUUACCCAAUUCACUUCAUGGAUAGGGAAAAUAAUCAUACCAGUAUUCAGGAGCCAGAAAUUGAUGUUAACUUUGAAAACUUAAUCCUAGAAGCUGAAAUAGAAGAGGAGACUGACUUAUCACCUGAAAUGCAAAGAAUGUUGAAAUCAGAUGAAAAACCAACUUUAACCAGUAGCGACCCCACGGUCACAAUAAAUUUGGGGACUAAUGAGGAAUCAAAAGAAGUAAAAAUCGGGGCACUGUUGGGAGGAAAAGAAAGAUGCGAAAUGAUAAACCUUUUGAAGGAAUACCAAGAUGUUUUCGCAUGGUCCUAUCAGGACAUGCCGGGUUUGGAUACGGACUUAGUAACACAUAAAAUACCCAUUUACCCAGAUAGCAAGCCGGUAAAACAGAAACUGAGGAGAAUGCGCCCAGAUAUGUUGAUCAAAAUAAAAGAAGAGGUACAAAAGCAGUUUGAGGCUGGUUUUUUAGAAGUAGCCAAAUAUCCAGAGUGGAUGGCCAAUGUAGUUCCAAUAAUGAAGAAAAAUGGAAAAGUGAGAGUCUGUGUUGACUAUCGAGACUUGAAUAAAGCUAGCCCUAAAGAUAAUUUCCCACUUCCACACAUAGAUGUGCUGGUAGACAAUACCGCGGGACAUGCCCUGUUUUCAUUCAUGGAUGGGUUUUCUGGAUAUAAUCAAAUUAAGAUGGCCCCAGAAGAUAAAGAUAAGACCACGUUCAUCACCUUAUGGGGGACCUUUUGCUACAAGGUUAUGCCCUUUGGUUUAAAGAAUGCAGGGGCAACCUAUCAGAGAGCCAUGGUAACGCUAUUCCAUGACUUGAUGCAUAAGGAGAUAGAAGUAUAUGUGGACGACAUGAUUGUUAAGUCUCGAGAUGAGUAUAGCCAUGUGAUGAACUUAAGGAAGCUAUUUAAAAGGCUACGAAAAUGUCAACUGAAAUUAAAUCCAGAAAAAUGUACAUUCGGAGCUUCUUCAGGAAAAUUGUUGGGAUUUAUCGUAAGUGAGAAAGGGAUUGAAGUAGACCCAGAUAAAAUAAAAGCUAUUCGAGAAAUGCCUAGUCCCAAAACUGAAAAAGAAGUCAGGAGUUUCCUAGGCCAAUUGAACUACAUAGCUCGAUUUAUAUCUCAGUUGACUGCUACUUGUGAGCCCAUAUUUAAGCUGCUGAAGAAGGAUAACCCCGAAAAAUGGAGUGAAGAAUGUCAGAAAGCUUUUGAGAAAAUAAAAGAAUAUCUAUUGAACCCUCCAGUUUUGGUUCCCCCUGUACCUGGAAGGCCUCUUAUAUUGUACUUAGUAGUAUCAGAGAAUUCCCUGGGGUGUGUGUUAGGACAACACGAUGAGUCUGGAAGAAAGGAGCGCGCCAUCUAUUAUUUAAGCAAAAAGUUCACGGAAUACGAAUCUAGGUACUCUAACCUGGAGAAGACGUGUUGCGCUUUGGUGUGGGUGGUUAGUAGAUUAAGGCAAUACACGCUGUAUUACACAACAUGGCUGAUUUCUAAAAUGGAUCCGAUUAAGUAUGUUUUCGAGAAACCUGCAGUAACAGGACGGAUGGCUCGUUGGCAAAUGCUGUUGACUGAAUAUGAUAUUACAUAUGUGACGAGAAAAGCCGUCAAAGGGAGCAUCAUAGCAGAAUAUUUGGCUGAUAGGGCCGUUAAUGAUUACCAAUCCAUGGAGUUUGACUUCCCGGAUCAAGAUAUUGAUUCAAUUGAUCAAGAAAAGGAAGGUAGUGUUGGGUGGAUGAUGCUAUUUGAUGGGGCGACCAACGUAUGGGGGCAUGGAAUAGGGGCUGUACUCAUAUCACCAGAGGGUAAAUAUUACCCAGUCACAGCCAAACUCACCUUUCCGUGUACCAAUAAUAUAGCAGAGUAUGAAGCGUGCGUAUUGGGCUUACAGGCGGCUAUUGACCGAGGCAUUAAAAAAUUGAUUGUAAAAGGAGAUUCCGCUUUGGUAAUUUAUCAGUUGACUGGAAAGUGGGAAACCCGGGAUUCCAAAUUAAUACCAUACCAGGAGUUCAUUCAGGAAAUGAUGCAGGAAUUCGAUGCCAUCAGUUUUUCGCAUUUACCGAGAGAGAGCAACUUAAUCCCUGAUGCGCUAGCAACAUUGGCGGCUUUAUUUAAGGUCGAGUCCGGAAUAGAGAUUGAACCCAUUCGAAUAAGGAUGCAUAGGGAGCCAGCAUAUUGUAUAAUGACAGAAGAAGCUGAUGGAAAGCCAUGGUUUCAUGAUAUCAAAACAUACAUUCAAUGGAAGGAGUAUCCCAUAGGAGCCUCUAAUAAUGACCGAAAGACAAUUCGGAGGCUAGCUAUGGGAUUCUUCUUAGAUGGGGAGAUAUUGUAUAAAAGGAAUCAUGAUAUGACCCUCCUACGGUGCGUGGAGUUGCAAGAGGCAAGACAAAUCAUACAGGAAGUACACGACGGUGUUUGUGGGACCCAUGCGGGAGGACACUCGUUGGCCCGAAAAAUCCUAAGGAGUGGAUACUAUUGGAUAACCAUGGAACGGGAUUGUAUGGAGUAUGUUCGAAAGUGCCAUAAGUGUCAAAUCUAUGGAGAUCGCAUACAAGUCCCACCCACUCAACUCCAGGUUUUAUCUACACCUUGGCCUUUCUCAGCAUGGGGCAUGGAUGUGAUCGGACCGAUAACCCCGAAGGCCAGUAAUGGGCAUCGAUUCAUUUUCGUGGCCAUUGACUACUUCACAAAAUGGGUAGAAGCAGCAUCAUACUCUAAUGUCACUCAAAAUAUAAUCAAUCGUUUUAUCAGGAGAGAAUUAAUUUGCAGGUAUGGGAUCCCAGAAAGGAUAAUAUCAGACAAUGCUAAAAACUUGAACAACGAGGUCAUGACAAAAUUAUGCAGUCAGUUCAAGGUCAAGCAUCAUAAUUCAGCCCCCUAUCGACCUCAAAUGAAUGGAGCAGUGGAAGCAGCCAAUAAGAACAUCAAGAGCAUCUUGGAAAAAAUGACGGAGACCUAUAGAGAUUGGCAUGAGAAGUUACCUUUCGCUUUAUUGGCCUAUCGAACCACUGUUCGAACAUCUACAGGGGCUACCCCUUUCUCUUUGGUAUACGGAAUGGAGGCCGUAAUUCCGAUAGAAGUUGAGAUUCCAUCGUUACGAGUCUUAAAAGAAGCAGAGUUAACCGAAGCAGAAUGGGUGCAAUCUAGAUAUGACCAGUUGAACCUGAUUGAAGAAAAAAGAUUGACAGCUAUAGUUCAUGGGCAGUUAUACCAAAGGAGAAUGAUGAGAGCUUUUAACAAGAAAGUGCGUAUUCGACGGUUUCGAGAAGGAGAUCUAGUUUUGAAAAAGAUUUUACCAAUUCAUAAUGACCCCCGAGGUAAGUGGACCCCAAAUUAUGAAGGGACGUAUGUGGUAAAGAAAGCAUUUUCAGGAGGUGCCUUAUUAUUAUCAGACAUGGAUGGAGCCGAUCUGGUGCACCCCACAAACUCAGACGCGGUAAAGAAAUAUUUUUCUUAG